CGUGCCCACAAAAAGCAUCAGCGCGCACGAUCAACGCCGCAUAGCUAGUGGGGGAGACCGGCCUGGCCUGGCCUUCAGCAGUAUAUGUGGAAGACAAGGAUUCAUUCUGUUUCUGUCUUCCAUGUUUAUAGACUAUUGUGUGGAAUCUGUCGCAGAGAAAAUGAGGACGCCUAAAUUAGAGCCACAGCUAAGGAAGCAGAUUCCACAUUCAAAGAUUAAAUUACAGCUUUUCCCAGUAAAUAAGAACACUCGGCGAGGAUUAGAGAAGGAUGGUUAUAACCCAUUUUUGGAACUCACUUUGAGUGCUCGGAAGAAGAUAUCAUCGGUUGUUAGGCACUUGGAUACAAAAUGGGGCAGUUCAAGUGUAGCAGUUGGACAGCUAAUGCUUGUGCCCGACACUAUGAAAUUGGAACAGCGCCUGUCUAGUAGAAGAUGGACUAUUAAUGAUCGUGCCAUUACUGUGUGGGAUGUGUAUCUUGCAGUGAAAACUCCUUCAGUAUUCUGCCUCAGGUAUGGAUGGGGCUCUAAUAAUCCUUUGGAGAUAUGUAAUGUGCCUCCAAAAUCUUGCCCUCCAGAGGAUCACAUCUCUUCUUUGGGAAACAACAAACCUUUUGGAAGAUUUUUGGAUAAAAACAAUCAAGAAAAUAUCUUAAAUGACCAUGAGACUCGCGUAGACCAGCAAAAAGAGAAUGUGAAACAGAGCUUGCUGUUGGAUGUGAAGGAACUGAAGGUCUUGGAUGUGCAUAAUGAUACUCUGGAUGAUAGAGUGUUGACGGACGCUGCCCCUUUAGAAUCAACAAUACCGUGGGAUGAUUUAACUAACUUGAGCAUUGGAGGUCUACUCUCUGAGAUUUCUUUGAUGGGUAAAAUUAAAGAAUCAGAUACAAAUAAUGCCAAAGACUCUGCUGGACAAAUAUCUAACAUCAAUAUGUCGGGUCUAGUGUCUGAAGCAUCCCUGCAAUGUAAGAUAAGCAACCCAGAUAUGAAACUGGAGAACAGAUCAACAUUGCAACCAAUAUGUCUGACAACCAGCGAUACAAGCAUUGGAGGAUUAUUAGGCGAAGCAUCUUUGUUUUCAAACAAGAGAAAGUUGGAUACACAAUCAGCCGAAGGGAGGCUUGCACCACCUCAGUCUCCAUGGGAUGAUAGUUUUACCAAUUUAAGCAUUGGAGGCCUGUUGUCUGAGGUAUCCUUGCAGGCCAAGGCUCGCGCCAAACUGGAAGCGAAAGAGGACCACUCAAACUUGCAGCCUAAUAUAUCUGUACCUGACUCAUUUGAUGCUUUUAUUGCUGCUCAGCUGAAUGCAGAUUUGCAAGCGGUAAAACCAACGAGCCAUGAGUUGAGAUCAUCUAUCUUGGAUGCUGAGGACACAUGCCAUGCUUUUCCUUCUCAGAGACUUCAACCAUCAAGCACGGAUGCUCUGAGAUCUAGCCGAACUAGUGGAUGCAGCGGUUCUGCAAAUCCUACAGUCUUUAAGUUUCCUAACCUUGUUAAGGUGUCCUCUGUAUGCUGUUUCCACCCGAGGUGUCGAUUGUUACUUCUGAAGUGCUCUUCUAUUGUUGAUGGAUAGAGAAGCCAACCUAAGUAAUGAUAUUUCGCGAAGAUGAAUCUUUGGCCUCAUUCACUUGGAACCAUUAAUGAGUAAGAGUUGUCGUCGGCUCUUCAGGUAUCGUCAUUCACUCAGGCAAUACUGUCUUCGCUUUACACAAAGUGUGUUCUAAAGCCCAACUCAUUUGUUGCCUAAUAAAAUCAUACUCUUAUAUAUGGUGCUGUAAAAUGAAAAGACGAUGGUUAGUCUGCUGAGGGGUCAAAUCAACAUGCACGAUUUCAUGUUGAAAUCAAAUUAAAUCAGGUAAGCUGCAGGUAACUUUGCCUGCAGACUGAGAUAGGAUUGGAUUAUAAAACAAUGGGAUAAUGGUUUCUUACAUUCGUAUGAACUAUGAAAACAAAUUAUUAAGGAAUGAUUGCUUCAGAUUUUGAUAUGAUCACAA